UUGAAUGGCAUUCACACGGUGCAAGCGGAGCUUACGGCUGACAACCUUGUGAAAAGGUAUGCCAGUGUUUUCACUCCUGGGUUAGGACUGAUAAAGGGCUUUCAAGCGAAACUUUCCUUAAAAGAAGGUAGCUUGCCAGUGUUCUGCAAGGCACGUCCAGUACCAUAUGCCAUAAGGGAGCGAGUUAAAGAAGAGCUAGAUAGCCUACAAGCUGAUGGGGUACUGGUGGGUGUAACGCAAAGUGACUGGGCCACGCCGUUGGUGGUAGUCGAAAAACCAGGGAACAAAGUGCGUCUUUGUGGAGACUAUAAAGUGACAGUAAAUCCCUGCGUUAAAACUGAUCACUACCCGCUGCCAACGGUUGAAGACAUGUUCGCGGUCCUAGCAGGAGGCAAAGUGUUUACCGUUUUGGACUUGUCGUCAGCGUACCAGCAAAUUGAGCUGCACCCUGACUCGCGGCCCUUGUUGACUAUAAAUACACACAUUGGCUUAUUCCAAUAUGUUCGAAUGCCCUACGGCAUUUCCAGUGCACCAGCAGUAUUCCAAGCAAUCAUGGACGAGUUGCUGAAGGGAUUGUGUGGAGUAGUUUGUUACCUUGACGAUGUGCUUAUCACAGGUGCCGACUACAACGAAUGCCUGGCACGUGUAGAAGCAGUCCUGCAGCGCUUCGAGAAGCACGGCGUCAAAUUUUCCUCAGAUCCAAUGCUGUGCAACACGUCAAGACACCUCCGUACCAUCCGGCUUCGAAUGGGGCAGCAGAGAGGCUCGUCCAGACGGUAAAGAAGAACUUGGUACGCCAACUGCGAGACAAGAGGCGCUCGGGGCAAGCCCGAACCAUUCAACACCGGCUGGACCAGUUCCUCUUCACAUACCACAACACGCCAUGCUCCACGACUGGUAAGACUCCUGCACAGAGUUUCCUGUCUUGGGCACCGCGGACGCGUCUCAGCAUUUUGCACCCUGAAUUAGCCAAGCGGUCAGAGCCUACUCCAUCUAGAGAUCAAGACAAGGGACAGAAAAAGAAUUGGAGGGAAUUUGAUGCAGGAGAACGAGUCCGGGUGAGAGGUAUCCGACCAGGCGACCCGCACUGGUUAGAAGGAACGAUUGUUCGCCGUGUCAGCGUUGCAACUUACAUAGUCAAGGUGGAAGGCCAGGAGCGAUUCAUGCAUGCUGAUGCCAUUGUUGAUACAAGUACUCCUCUUACUCUACCCAGAACAGUGCGCAUCACUGGCGCACCUCUAGCGCAACCUGGUCCGGCGACCCCUGAAGAAACAGAGGAAACUCCUACCGAGGUCCAGGAACCAACUUCGGAAGCUACAGAUUCUACCGCCGCUGAAGAACAACCUCCUGAACCUCUGCCACGCCGAAGCACAAGGGUUCGGCGACAGCCUGAAAGAUAUGGAUAUUAAAGAAAAUAAGGGAGAAGGAAUGCUGUAUCUAAUAAAAGGACAAAGCGCGGUGACGUCACUACUGACGCACCGCAACUUGUGCGUAUAUAUUGCCAAGCAAGAUGCUGGCUUAUCAGAUUAAACUGUUCGCCACGA